AUGAAGGCCAAAGCUGCUGCUGCUGUUGCCUCCUCCAUUGCUGUCUCCAUUUCGGAGGCAAGCCAAGAUUUUGACUUGUCAGAUGCUCUAGAUUCAGUUACUAAAAAGCCUCCUACUACCAAAAAGCCACUUGUAGGGUAUAAACCUCUAUAUCCAACUCUGAGACCACAACCAGGAGGCCAUGGAAAUAGAGAUGAUUAUUUUGACUUAGGAGAUGCCCUUGGUGGUAAUGAUGAUCACCUGAAACCUCAGCCACAUCCACGUCCUCCACCACAACCAGGAAGAUACGGAGAUUCUGGUAGUUUUAGUGACUUGGAUCUUAAUGAUGGGAAACCUCUACCUCCAAGGUCCCCAGAUGGGAACGAACACAUUUCAACUAAUGGAGGAAAUACUGCUGAUGCUACUAAGACAGCUCAGAUAACAUCCCCGGUUGUGUCUGUGCUUGUGCUGUGUGCUGUUGGGGGACUAGUUGCCUAUAAUGCUUACAAGAAGAAGAGAUACUGUUUUAAACCAAGAGAUGGAACGGCUGCCUAAACUAUCAGGCAAGAAAAGGACCCAGAUUCUAAUGCUGUGUGAUCUGAUUUGUGCAAUAUGAAA